AUGACAACAGUGGUUCUCUCCAUGGCUCACACCCCUGGUGCCUCCUCUAUUGCCGCACUUCUUAUCACGACUUUAGUUCUCUACUUACUUCACCGCGGCCGCCUUUUUCUUUCCAGCAAAGGCCAUGAACAGCGCCAACCUCCAGCUCCGCGAGAGAAGAUCCUGUCUCGACGGCUUCAGACCAAGAUGGAGGAGCGGAUGAAACGCUACAAAGACAUGUACUACAAGUUGCAAAACCUGGAGGAAUUCCCUGAAGUCUUACCAGAAGCGCGCCAAAUGCUACAGUCGCUCUUGGAACAAGGUCUCCUGAUGGCGCGUUACAAGCCGCGCGCGCGGAGCAUCCGGAGCAUGAAGGACUUCGACCCCGAAGCAUUGCGCAAGUUCUUAGAGGCGGAACAGGCCGACGUCUUGCACGAGUUUGAGUCCUACGUGCAAAGAAGAGAAGCUGGCGGCGAUCGUGAACUCUGCAAAACAUUUGAGGAUGCUCGCCAGUACCUGGUAAAUAGCGCCCCAUGGAAUUAUACUGACGGAGCGUGGCUGUCCCGCACGCAUCAGAUCACCACUCCGUUCGCCUUACGGACUGUGACCAAGAACGCAUGGCAGAUAUUCUCCGAGGAGCUUGGCGACGGCGAUAUGGAGAAGAACCACAUUGUGCUGUACCGGGAGCUCUUGCACAGUAUUGGCGUGGACCUCCCGGAUGGCGAUUCGGCCGAUUUUCUUGACCCGCGCCACGGGAUGGGCGACGAGUCCGUCUGGCGAUACGCAAUUGGGCAGCUGCUCAUUUCCAUCUUUCCCAACGACUUCCUGCCCGAGAUCUUGGGGUUCAAUCUACACUACGAGGCGCCAGCACUCAGCGGCUACAAAGCCAACCGCGAAUUUCCCGAGCUGGGAAUUUCGCCAUAUUACUACGCUCUGCACAUCUCCAUCGACAAUGCCGACUCGGGUCAUUCGGCCAUGGCACUGGGCAACAUUAUUAAUUUCAUGGAGGUGGUGCGUGAAACAGGCCUGAUGGACUACGAGAAUGCCUGGAAGCGUGUUCAGGCCGGUUAUCUCUUUGGUCAAAGCCUCGAUGACAACGAAACUGUUGACCAUUAUGAAGAAAAGCUGGUCGAGUUCUUGCACAGGAAAGGUGAUCUUGCGCGCAAGAUCCAUUGCACCAGCAGAGCACGGAUUGGAGGCCGUAGUCUGUCAUCGUGGUUCUCGGAGCCCCAGCCAGACAAUGGCAGGAAAAGCGAACAGGAAAAAGGCGACAACGUUGAGGAUUGGAAGGAUGAGUUCAUUGUGGCCCUGGCUGAUUCGAAGCCUUGGGUAUACCGAGGUGACAGCAAGAAAAGUCUACUCAUGAGAGAGCUUGCCUGGAAAGGCAGGAUGUUCGGUGCCUUCACCCACAACGAAGUCGAGAUCAUGAGCACGUGGAUUGACUCGUUGAAGGCAACCAAGAUCGCCGACCCAAAAGAGGUAUAUUGGGCGUUGGUCGGGGGCUACGAGAACGUAGAGAAGAAGUUUGAUGUACGGAGGCGGGAUGUGGCUGUGACGCACCCAGUGUUUCCUCCCAUGCAGGAGUGGUCGCCAAGCACAGUUGGUCACUUCAGCCCUCGACCGCCGCUGAACAUUGCUCCGGAUCAAGCCAACCUUGGUUCAUUGUGGCCGCUUUGGUUUGCGCACACAUGUCUCCUCGAGAACAUGAUCAGUUCUCCGCACCAGACUAUCAGACCGCUCGCAUCCACAUGCUUGCAAAUCCUCCGAGCUGAGAAGGGCUACCAACCUGAAGGCACGGGUAUCGCAUGCAUGGAUGAGCAGCUUAGCCCCAGCUACAGCCCCGAUCUCAUCGCGCUAGGCCUCAGCAUGCUCCAGAGACAAAAGAUCCCUGAGCCCAGUUGCCUCGGCGAUAUCGUUGGAGCGCAGGACAAUGAAGAUCUCACGGGUGCCGCCAAGUUUGCCUUGACCCUGUUGAGUUGGGCUCAGAGGCCCCGGAAGAAUGGAGGUUUUUUGCUCGGAUUGUCCCGAGCAUUUCUCGAUUUGGAGGUCUGGGUAGCCGGUAACGACAGGCUACUUGGCGGUAAAGAGAGGACAGCUCUGUGGAGCGUGACGGAGAGAAAAGCGGCCAGGUAUGAAAGUUGUCUGAAUCAUCUCAGAGGUGAUGGUUUGAAAUGCCGCGAGUUCGUCGGUGGUUACGAGCAUGGGCGAGAUCAAAUCGAGAAAUUUCUAGGAUAG